UUAAAUAAUUUUCAAAAGUUUAACAAUUAAUUUUCAAAAUUGUGUACUGUAAAAAAACAGAAGAAACGAAGCAUUACGAAUUCAAAAUCGUCAGUUAUUUGUCUUAAACUAGUGGAUUUUCUUUUAAAUUAUUUGGAAGUUAAUAAAAUCGUAAUAUUUGAUGUUUACCAACAACAUGUUUAAAAUUCAAUGGGCUCCAAUUAAUAUACCACCAAGAAGACGACUGCAAACAUUUUUUAUCGGAAUUUACGUGUUAAGUUUGUUUAUGUUCGGAUUAUAUUCGUACCUGAUUUGUGGACUCGUAAUUUAUUUUGGAAACAUUUAUUUGAAAGCGUUGUUUAUAACAUAUGUCUUUUGGAUUUUGUAUGAUAAAAAUCGGAUCCAUAACUGUAAUCGAGGUCCGGGUGUAAGAUGGAUGAGAGACAGUUUCUUUGGGAGGCAAAUUCGAGAAUAUUUUCCAGUUGAAUUGGUGAAAACGGCUGAGCUACAUCCAAAUAAGAAUUAUCUUUUGGCAUGCUUUCCACAUGGAGUUAUAAGUUUUGGCUUCUUUACAAACAUGUGUUCCGAUAUAACUAAAUGGAAUGCAUUAUUUCCAAAAGUUCGAGUUCAUCUGGCAACACUUGGAAUGCAUUUUAAUUCACCAUUUUGGCGCGAAGUUAUACGAUCAUGGGGAAUGAUUUCUGUCGGUAGAGAUUCUCUUUUAAGACAUCUCAAAAUUUCAAACGAUCCGGAUGCGCCUGUAAACAGCGAUGGUUAUUGUGCUAGUGCUGUCGCUGUUAUAGUUGGUGGCUCUGAAGAAGCUUUGGAUGCAAGACCUGGCAAUUAUGUUUUAACACUCAAGAACCGAAAGGGAUUCAUUAAGGUUGCAAUGCAGUCAGGUGCUGCUAUUGUCCCAGUGUUUUCAUUUGGUGAAAAUGACUUAUUCGAUCAAAUCAAAAACCCUCCACAAUCGAAAGUAAGAAAAAUACAAAAUUUCAUAAAAGAAAAAACAGGCAUACCACCUUUAAUGGUUCUAGGCAGGGGAUUUUUCCAGUAUAGUUUUGGUCUCAUCCCACAACGUAAACGCAUUGUUCAAGUUGUUGGUUCCCCAAUUGAUGUACCCCAAUGCAGUGAUCCGGAACAAGAAGUUGUUGAGAAAUAUCACAGAAUAUUCAUGGAAAGUUUGAAUAGUCUUUUCGAGACACACAAAAGAAAGUACAUAGAAAAUGCAGAUGAAAUCAAAUUAAGUUUUAAAUGAGGUUUUGGAGUUAAAGAUAACGCAGUAUUGAUGUUGUAAUAGUCUCAGUUGUAAAAAGUAUAAUCACAUAUAUUUUCAUUAAAAUCGAGAUUUUUAAAAAAGUGA